AUGAGCUUUCCGAAAAGAAAAUGCUGGGCUUUUUUGAAGAAAUUGGUUGUUGUGUUGAUUUUUGCAUGUGUUUGCAAGUCUUUAUUAAAUUUUCUAUGUUUUGAUGGUGUAUGUGAUGACAACGAAAACCAGAAAAACGUCUUCUCGUUAUUGAGCGAUGUUGUUUUGGAAGCAAACAGGUUGACAAUUGUCGAGCAUGAAAAACCUCGGUUUUCUGAGACGGUAAUUUCAGCGUCUAUUUUCAAAGGGACGACAGAAUCAAAUUUACUUAAUAAAGUGCUCAAUGUUACUGCAAUGUUGCUUUCCAUGCAGAUGAAGUCAUUAGAUUUAUGUCCAUCACAGGAUGACUUGAAAAAUGGAACUUUGAUGACUGGCAAAAAAUUUUGGGAAAAAAAAAUUUCUCUCUGUUGGCUUCCAAGUAUUUCAAGAAAAAGAAAGUCUUAUCUUGAGACGAGUCUCACCAGCAUCAUGGAAGCAAUUGCUGACAGAAAACGAAAUAAUAUUACAAUAGUUGUAUUUCUGGCAGAUCGUUAUCGCAGCAUAAAAGAACAGCAAUUAAAGAAACUUAUCAAUAAGUUUGGAAUCCACAUUUCUUCAGGAAUGUUACAAAUUAUAGAGGCACCUGAUGAAUAUUAUGCACCUCUUCACAAUCUCAAGUCUUGGACAAUUACUCCAAACUGUCAAGAGAUUAAUGACCUUGUGUGCCAUUUCAUAGGGGAUAAGAUGAACAGAGUUUUGUGGAGAUCAAAGCAAGCUUUAGAUUAUGUCUACCUAAUGUGUUUUGUUCAUACGGAUUAUUAUCUUCAGCUGGAGGAUGAUGUCACAGCAAGCCCAAGAUUCCUUUCCAAAAUUGAAGACUUCAUUCAUUCACAGAAAACCAGUUGGAUCUCUCUCAAUGUGGCUUUACUUGGCUAUAUAGGUAAACUAUAUCCAAGAAAGGAAGUUCAGAAUCUUGCUUCAUAUCUCAAGUUGUUUUAUGAUGAGAUGCCAGUUGAUUGGUUGGAACCACGUUGGAAAGAUUACAGAGGGCAGGACCCAGCUACAACUCCAGUCAUAGCUGCAUCAUUGUUCCAACAUAUUGGUCGUGUAUCAUCAUUUCAAUAUAAAGAGUGGCAAAGGCCAAAUACUUUGAAGGAAAAAAUAUUUGAUAGGUUUGAUCACAAGUAUGCAGGCCUCAACCCCCCUGCUAUAAUAUCAACUGAUCUCACUCCCAUAAGUGGCCAACCUUCAGAUGCCUACAAUAAAGGCAUUGGUGUAGGGCAUACAUAAUGUUGCUGCUGUAACAACAGGCAUACAUAGUGUUGCUGAUGUAACAACAAGGCAUACAUAGUGUUGCUGCUGUAACAACAUGGCAUACAUAAUGUUGCUGCUGUAACAACAGGGCAUAC